AUGGAGGGUCAAUCUUCAAAUGAAGGUUCCAGUUCCACCAAUGUUUCGCCACACUCUUCUGAUUCAACACUUCAGCUCAAUAUCAAAACUUUAGAUUCCCGAAUCUACACUUUCCAAGUUCAAAAAAAUAUGCCUGUUUCCUUGUUCAAACAAAAAAUUGCAAAUGAAAUUGGUGUACCGGUUAAUCAACAACGACUCAUAUUUAGAGGAAAAGUCUUGAAGGAUGAACAUUCUCUUUCUGAGUAUCAUGUUGAGAAUGGGCAUACAUUGCAUUUAGUUGAAAGACAGCCAAAUCCGCCGCAGACUUCUGCUACGCCUUCUGUUGAGACAACUACUACAAACAGUAACCGAGGAAACGAUGCUGGAUCAGGAGCUCCUCGUAACCGUGUUGGGCAAAUUUCACACAGCGUCGUACUCGGGACUUUUAAUGUGGGGGAACAGGUUGAAGGCACUGCUCAAGACCUUACUAGGGUUAUUGGGGCAGUUUUGAAUUCUAUUGCCAAUGGGGGACAGGGCCAGACCACAAUUAAUGUUCCGAAUUCCACACAACAUUCUCCGGCUCCACCGGGGAAUGAAACUGAAGGAAAUCAAAGCCUAGCUGGAAAUCAGGCACCGUCUGGACAGACAUUUCCUGGUUUGGCAUUUCAACCGAUGCCUCAUGGUGUUCAGAUUCCGACCGUCGCAGGAGCAAUACCCAUUCCUUCUUUCAACACACCAAUUCCUGACUCACUGAACACUUUGUCUGAGUUCAUAAAUCGCAUGGAACAGAUACUUUCACAAAACGGUUAUGGGCCAAAUAUAUCUUCAACUAACUCUGGAGAUCAACGGGUAGAAUUGCCUUCCAAUGCACAAGGGUUGCCAACACUUGAAGCAUUGACCGCUGUAUUGCAUCGCGCAGAACAGUUGCUUAGUGGUCAAGCUGUUUCUGUGCUAUAUCAUAUUGCAGGACGCAUGGAGCGAGAGGGAACUUCUGCUGAUCUAGGUGUAAGAGGUCAAAUACAGUCUGAGUCAGUACAGAUAGGAAUUGUUAUGCAGCAUUUGGGUGCACUUCUACUUGAACUAGGCCGAACUAUGUUAACACUGCGAAUGGGACGAUCUUCUGCAGAAUCUGUUGUUAAUUCUGGACCAGCAGUUUAUAUUUCUCCAUCAGGACCAAAUCCUAUAAUGGCACAGCCAUUUCCACUCCAGACAAGCUCCCUGUUUGGCGGUCCACUUUCAUCUUCAACUCCUGCAACUUUAGGCACAGUUGGUGUUGGAAGUGCUCCUAGGAACGUGAACAUUCACAUACAUGCUGGUGCCUCUCUUGCACCAAUUGUUUCAGCCAUUGGCUCUAGACCAAAUAAUGGGGAAGGGACAAGGACUGAACACCGUAGUGAGUCUGGCUCUGGUGAUUCAGCGGAAAUUCAUUCUCGUCUUAGAAACUCUGUUGGUAAUUUGCAAGGAGAUAACACAGUUCUGUCAGGUGGCCAAACACAAUCAACUAACAGGGACGUGUCUUCUGGAUCUGAACUAAGACCUGCACAUGUAAAUGAACAGAGAGAUACUACAGUGGAGAUGAAUGAAUGUGGGGCUGCCAGUGCAUCUUCAGUUGGUUGCACUUCUGAAAGUGGAGCAGAGAAGCCCCAAACUGAGACAAUCAAAACCUGUAGUAAUGACGAGAGAGAUGUUUUGGUCGACAAAUUUGUUUCAAGUUCUUCCAAUCAAGAUUUACAAACUUCUUCUAGUGGAGAAACCAUGGUAAAAUCAGAAAAAGUACAGGAUGCUCCAUCUGCAAGUGAAAGACGGGAUGUAACUGAACCUGCCAAAACUGCUCCUCUUGGAUUGGGUAUGAGUGGUUUGGAGCGUAAGAGACGGACUAGACUUCAACCUCCUGUUGGUAAAGGUGCCGGUGAUGGAUCCUCCAGUUCUUCCAUCAACCAAAGUCAGGAAACAAGGACAGAUAGUCAAAAUCUAUUGCAAACACCUGCGGGCCAAGGAUCAGCUGUUAAUUUGAUAAAUGGGGAUAGGCCAUCAUCUCAGCGACCCAUGCCACCCGGUGGUAGUCAGGUUGAUGUGGCAGGUUUAAUGUCUCAGUUCACACAAAGCCCACAGAUGAUGAACACAGUCAAUCAGAUUGCCCAGCAGGUUGACAGUCAGGGUAUGGGAAAUAUGUUAUCUGGAAUGGGAAGAGGGCAGGGUGGUGGCAUCGACUUCUCAAGGAUGUUUCAACAGAUGAUGCCCAUUGUAUCACAAGCCCUUGGAGGGGGAAAUCCUCCAUCACCAUUCUCUGCUGCAGAACCAGAAACCCUUGUUCCCUACAGGAAUGAAAAUUCUGAUAAUCAAAACUUACAGCUUGACCUUCAACCAGUGGUAGAGACGAUCAAUCGUCUGAGUCCACCUGCAGACAUCUUCCGUGCUGUAGCUGAAAAUGCCGUUCAGCAGUCUGGCAGUGGAAGUGCUUCCAAUGACCUUCUGGAUGAGUUGUGUUGCAAUGAAAGUCUUGCCAGUGAAUAUUUGGAGAUGUUGCGACAUGAUGUAGGUCAGUUGCUUGAAGGACGUUCCAAGAGUGACAAGUCAUAA